AUGAAUGUAAUAUUAAGUAUAGACCAAAGUACUCAGUCCACUAAGUUGAUCUUCUUUGAUGAAGAAUUAAAGGUGUUGCAUAUGAACAGCUUAAACCAUGAGCAAAAAUGUUCUAAGCCUGGUUGGUAUGAGCAUGAUCCAGAGGAGAUUAUUGAGAAUUUAUAUAAAUUAAUGAAUGAAGGAAUGAGUGUUUUAAAAGAAAAAUAUAAACAGGUUGUAAUAAAAUGUAUAGGUAUUACUAACCAACGAGAAACUGUUAUAAUAUGGGAUAAAGAAACUGGUAAACCUUUAUACAACGCAAUAGUAUGGUUAGAUACAAGAGUAGAAAAACUUGUUACGGAAUUUUCUAAAAAGUAUAAUAAUGAUUAUUUUCAGAAAAAAACAGGUACAUACUUUAAUACCUAUUUUAGUGCUUUUAAAAUAUUAUGGUUAAUAAAAAAUAAUAAAACUAUAAAGGAUAAGGUAAAAAAUGGUACAGCUAUGAUUGGAAAUAUAAAUACAUGGUUGAUUUAUAAUUUAACUAAAGGCAAUUGUUAUACAGAUGUAACAAAUGCAUCUAGAACCCUUUUAAUGGAUAUCAAAACAUUACAAUGGGAUCCAGAAAUGUGUAAAAUGUUUGGUAUUAGUAAUAUGUCUUCUUUACCUGAAAUAAAAAGUAAUUGUUAUAAUUUUGGUUCAGUAAAAUCAGAAAAGGUACCUGAAUAUUUAAAUGUUCCAAUUAGUGGUUGUAUAGGUGACCAACAAAGUGCAUGUAUAGGUCAGGCAAUUUUUGAUGAAGGAGAAGCAAAGUGUACAUAUGGAACUGGUGUUUUCUUAUUAGUUAAUACAGGAAAAAAAAUUGUAUAUUCUUCUUGUGGAUUAAUCACAACAGUUUGUUAUAAAUUUAACGACGAUGAUAAACCAAAUUAUGCUCUUGAAGGUUCAAUAGGUACAGCUGGAUCGGGUGUAUCAUGGUUAGAAAAUGUUAAUUUAGUUAAAAACACGUCUGAAGUAAGUGAAAUUAUGGAAAAUUGUAAAGACACUGAAGGAGUUGUAUUUGUUCCAGCUUUUGGUGGUUUAUUUGCUCCAAGAUGGAGGUCAGAUGCUAGAGCAUGUAUAAGUGGCAUGUCUUUUAAUACAAGCAGGGCUCAUAUUGUUAGAGCCUUAUUAGAAGGUAUAGUUUUCCAAUUAAGUGAAAUAGUAAACUCAUUAACAUCUGAUAUGAAUAUAGAAAUGAUUCAUCUUUUGAGAUGUGAUGGAGGUAUGACUAAAAAUAAAGCCUUCAUGCAAUUUAAUGCAGACAUAUUAAAUACACAAAUUGAAGUAUCGAAAUAUGAGGAAGUAACUGCUCUUGGCGCUGCUGUAUUAGCUGGUUUGGGAAUUAAACUAUGGAAAGAUUUAGAUAGUGUUAAAAGUUUAAUAAGAAAUAAGGAAUGCACAUUUAAUUCCAAUAUGGACAGUAAGAGUCGAAGCAAAAAAAUGAAAGAAUGGAAUAAAGCCGUUAAUAAAGAAUUAUUAGAAUCAUAA